CCUCAUUUGCAGUAAGUCAGUGACACAGGUCAUGUACUGUAGCUGUAGCUGUCUGUAGAGGAGCAUCAGCCUGAACACUGAAGAACUGCUGGACAUGGAGCUUCAUCCACCACUGAGCCGUCACUAAAGCAACCAUGGAGGAGAGCGUUGACGUCAAGGCGCUGAGGGCCCGCUUCAACAGCAAGGCCACCAACUCGGACACCAGCAGCCGAGACAGCGGCUCCCCGAAGUCCCCGCGGCCUGGGUUUGGGAGGGUGGCGGAGAACAAUCCGACGCAUCUCAGGCUGUCACCCACGGUUCCGCCUCCGGUGGCCGGACCAGGCUUGAUCAGGUUCCCGAGGAUGGAUCCGAUGGCCGCGUCCAUCCCGUCCAGAACUGUGUUCCCUCGACCACCGCCCCCCAACCCUGCAGUCAGGGCGUCCCUGCAGCAGGCCGAUGCCACCAGGGUCAAGCAGACCGGGGAGAUGCUCCAGCACAUGAUGCUGAGGCACCAGAGGCCUCCAGGCGUCAAGCCGGCCCCAUCGCCAGGCGCGGCCCCGGCCUCGGCCCCGGCCCCGGCCCCGGCCCCGGCCCAGGCCCCGGUACCGCUCCCGGCCCCGGCCACAGGCAGGGCCCCUGCUCCACCUCAGCCGUCCACACCAGCCGUGUCCUCCAACGUGACCACCCUCCGACAGCAGUCCAGACAGAGGAGCGGAGGGGAGGUGGCCCCUCUGAGGAGGCCACUGCCCCCAGAAGGACACCAGCCUCUGAAGCCCAAACGUCCCCCCAGUGUCAACCUCGAGCCUUUCAUGAAGUUCAGCCGAGUACCUGCACUUCCCCCACCGAGGAAAAGUAACGAUUCCCCCGGUCCCGCAGGCAGACGGCUGUCUGUGACAGCAGCGUUCAGUCCUCCGGCGCCUCCUGUGCGAUCCAGUAAACCCAGGCUGCCACGGCAGACGGCCUCCGUGGACAUUGCUGAUGAGCAGUACGACGACAUUGGAAGCUUUGAGAAGAACGAGUCCUGGAGUGACAACAGUUUGCAAUGUAUGGAUGAGGAUGGUGAUGACUUGUAUGAGUUUAUUGAUGAAGAACAGCUGGAGGUGAACCGGGUGAACACGGAGAAGAUGAGCAAGAAAGAUGCAAAGAAGCAACAAGAGCAGGAGAAGAAGGAGCAGCUGGAGCGACAGAAGCAGGAGAAAGAGCUGAAGAAGAACUUUCAGUUGGAAGGAGAGGUGGAAGUUAUCCACACAGCCAAAGUCAGACACGACUGGUCUGGAGGGGGAAAACUGGACCUGAGCGUACAGCAAGGCCAGAGCGUGGAGAUCCUGCGGGUGAAAAACAACCCUGGAGGGAAAUGGCUGGCCCGCUCUCUGAAUGGAAACUACGGGUACAUCAGUAACACCUGUGUGGAUAUUGAUUAUGAGGCAGUGAAGCGCAAAGUGCUCCAGUCCAGACUCAAAAUGGACAGAUCACCUUUACCUCCACCUCCACCAGACCCCCCACAGCUAAUGAUGGACUCCAACAACAGAGACAGUAUGCUUCAAGACGAUGAUGAGUAUGAUGAUGUUCAGCCAAUAAAUGAAUGUUUCCCCCCACCUCCACCUGAUAUCAGCAUAGAUCCUAAAGCGGAGAAAGAGCUACGAAAAAAGUUCAAGUAUGAUGGUCCGCUCAGGGUUCUGCACACCAUGAUGGUAGAUCCUAACGGCAUCAUAAAAAAGCCAGGUGGAAAGGACCUACUCAUAUCUCAGGGGGAAAUCCUAGAUAUCAUUGAGUUCACCAACAACAAGAAAGCUCUGUGUCGCAACCGGUUUGGAAAAUACGGUUACGUCUCCAGAUCGAUUCUUCUUCCUCUAGAAGGAGACAUUUAUGAUGAUGUUGACUAUGCAGGUGACAUCUAUGACAACGACUCUUCCCAAACUGAUUAUUAAAGCAUGUCAAACUAAACCAAAACAUUCUCACAGUAAGAGAAGGAAAGUGGCAGAUAAAGAAUCAAACUAUAGAACAACUUAUGUCAAACUAUAACGGGACAAUGGAGAGGGACAUAUAUAUAUUCUAUAACCAACAAAAAUGCUAUUUUAAAACUCAAAUGAACUAUAUAGUACAUAAAGCCUUGCAAAACUGACCUCUUGUAUGUGGCCACACACACUGAGAAUAAAAAACUUGUCAUUGUUUUUCAAACUGCAUGUGAGUACACUAUAAUUGUAGCUUUGUGUAUUGCUCAUUGUCUGAGAUAAUUUAAAAUAAAUGUUUUUUACUAGUG